CUUGCGUCGUGUUUCUGGCGUAAUUCCGCCGCGUUUUGAAUUUAAAAGUGGGUGGAUGUGGUCAGUGUGGUUGAUUGUUUACGUUCGCUGGGCUGGCAUGUUUCAACGUGGUCUGCUGAGUCCGUGGAGCUGAAUUUCGUAGUGUACUGAUUAUAUUCUGUUUAUAAUCAAGACAUGGACCAGAACCCCAUCGUGGUGCAGUCUCCUGUCACACCAAGACGAUUAGCGUACAUCCCGGAGCCGCCGGAGUCGGCCGGCUCGGUGCCGACGUCCAGCUGCCGCACACCCAUGUCCGAGAGGCAACAGCUGGCGCUUCUGCUGCAGAUGACGUCACCAGCAGCCGACUGGACGGCAUCGAGCGGUGAGGAGCCGGCGCCGGCCGCGCCGCCCGCCACGCCCGCGCUGCGCCGGCUGCACAAGCGCAACGAGCGCGGCGAGACCCGCCUGCACGUGGCCGCCAUCCGCGGCGACCGCCGCCUGGUGCGCCGGCUGCUCCGCGACGGUGCCGACGUGAACGCCACCGACUUCGCUGGCUGGACUCCCCUGCACGAGGCCUGCAUCCACGGCUGGUCGGGGGUGGCGCGCCAGCUGCUGGAGUCGGGCGCCGACGUCAACCGGCCGGGCCUGGACCGCGUGACGCCGCUGCACGACGCCGCGGGCAACAGCCGGCCGCGGCUGCUGGCCGCCGCGCUGCCCGUGCGCCGCCUGCUCGAGCGCGAUCCGGCCGCGCUCACCGAGCUCAGCGACACCGACGACGAGAACGAGACGGACUGCGAGGACGACAAGGAGAACCAGCCGUCGCCGCCGCCGCGCCGGCCCACGCGCCUGAGCCGCCGCAUCGGCCGGCUGGCGCAGGCGGACGCCAUGGACCAGUCGGAGUCGUCCGCCGCCGACCUGUACGACUUCAAGCCGGAGCAGGAGGGCGACGCGCCGUCCGGCGAGCGCGCCGCCGAGCCCGACAAGAAGGACGACAAGAAGGAGCCCAAGCCCGGCAGUCCGCCGAAGGCGGAGGAGGUGAAGACGGAGGACGGCAAGCGGCCGUCGAGCGAGAUGGACGACGCCGACGCCGAGGAGGGCAGCAAGAAAAAGAAGAAGAAGGAGGAGACGCCGAAGCCCGCGGCCAAGAACGGCAAGGGCGCCGACAAGGCGGGAAAGUCGGCAGGCAAGGCGACGGGCGGCGGCAAGGGCGGCAAGGGCUACGGCAGCGGCAGCGACCGGCGCAGUCCGACGGGGUCUCAGGGCGCCAGCACGCCGCCCAAGAGCAAACCGACCAGCCGCACCACCUCCGACGACAGCGACGGCGACGAGCGGCGCGAGGCGGGCCCCAAGGUGCCGCCGCUCAAGAUCGUCAUCAAUGCCGCCAGCGCCGAACAGGAGGUGGCCAAGGGCAAGGGCCCGGCCGGCGCGCGCCUGCCGUAUGUGGUGCCGUCACAGGCGGAGACGGACACGGACGAGGCGGGCGGCGAGCCAGGCGCGCAGCCGGGCGCUGGCGCUGGCGGCGGCGGUGGUGGCGGCACGGCCACGCCGCCCGCUGACCCCCCCUUCAUGAACAACUACAAGGCGUUCCAGGAGAUCCGCCGGCAGAUCGACCGGCGGCGGCGUGAGCUGUUCCCCAUUACGCCCAAGCCGCCGCGCGGCUUCAAGGACUACCUCAUCAACCGGGCGACGUACGUGCUAGCGGGCAACGUGCAGUCGCGCCUGUCCGUGCCGACCAUGGCGCCGCCGGCCAGUCUGGCGCCCGGCAUGAAGGAGCUCUUUGUCGACCAGGAGAUCGAGCGCUACAAACUUCGGCUACAGCACAUCAUCGAGAAGGAGAAGCUGGUGCUGACGGUAGAGCAGGAGAUCCUGCGCGUGCACGGCCGGGCGGCGCGCGCGCUCGCCAACCAGGCGCUGCCGUUCAGCGCCUGCACCAUCCUGCGCGACGAGGAGGUCUACAACCUGGCCACGCCCGAGCAGGAGGAGAAGGACCGCAACGUGCGCGACCGCUACAACGGCCGUCAGUUCUUCAGCUGGCUCCAGGACGUGGACGACAAGUGGGAGAAGAUCAAGGAGGGCAUGGUGCUGCGACACCACAACGAGGCGGAGUCGCUGCAUGCCGUGCAGAAGAUGGACUGGGAGUGGAAGCUCAAGGAGAUCGGCGCGUGCGACCCGCGCACCACCCCCAACAUCGACGAGCUGCAUGUGCCCAUGGUUAAGGUCAUUGACGAUUUCGACAUGCCGCCGUCUUGAGCGGCCGGCGACAGAACUUGUGUUGGCUGUGCGUAGUUAUAGAUGGCGCUAGUGUCGCGAUGUACUGCGGUAAAGUUGCGCGCGCGCGCCAUGUUGUUGAGAGCUUAAAGCGACAGUUGAUUCCGAUGUCACGUUGUGGUGGUGUAAAGAGGUGCUCAGAGUCGGGGUAUCUCGCUGCUGCGCUGCCGGAGGAUAUGAUGCUCACGGUUUGGUGUGCGCCUUGUAGAAUCUGUUGGGAGCCGGCCCCCCGCCUGGCACGCCGAGGGUAUGUACUGUGGCGCCGUUGUGACCGUGACGCUGUCGUGACGCCGUUGGUCGUGCUGCGAGUGAGCCGCGCGCGCGCCUGCGGGGCUCGGACCAUUCGUUACGUGUUCUUCCGGCUGGCGGCCUCUGCCUGUGUCGCUGUCGACGCCCGAUUCUGAGCCCGGCGCUCCUGGAGAGCCUCGGUGACUACCCAGCGCUGCCGGCCAGUGACGUCUCGCCGCGGCGGUCAAGGUUGCUGAGCUGGCCGCCGGGUGGUGUACCUCAGCCGCUGGCGCUCCUGGAGAGCCUCGGUGACCACCCGUCGCCGCCAGCCAGUGACGUCUCGCCGCAGCGGUCAAGGUCGCUGGGCUGGCCGCCGGGUGGUGUACCUCAGCCGUUGGCGCUGCUGGAGCCCGGCGCGUCGUGUCUCUGUAUUCCAGGUGUGGUGUCAUGGGUGGUAUGUGUGCGUGUCUCGGUGUGUCGGUGGGUCUGGUUCAGUUGCUGCCGGCUCUCCCAGCAGCUGGCUCGGGCGCCCUGUGGACAAUCAAUGCAGCAUGUUGUUGUGUAUAUGGCCAAAUGUUGAAUAUACGACAAAGCGAUC